UCUGACUUCCAGCGAUAUCCAGCACGUUGCCUCAAGAAGUAUGACUACGUAUACGUUUCAUAUGCAACGCUACUUUCCACGGAAAGGAAGCUUUUCGAAAUUACGCGAAACCCUCGGAAAUACGUUCGAACGACGCCGAAGAAGACGAUAAAUUCAAAUUCCAGCAACAUCCAGCACGCCAUUCCAAAGAGCGUGACUCUGCGCAUUUCAUUUCUGCCGCUUUUGAUCCAGAUAAAGUUUCCAAGUGUUCUCCGUUCGCUUUUCGCGAGGAAAGAGGAAUGCGAGACCGUAUCAAGAGCCUUUCCUCGAACGUCAACGCUGCACCGAACUUUUCAUUGUUCGCACGGUUGUUGCACGUUGCUCGAUGCACGUCUGAUGCACCGCUGAUGCGUUUCUGAGUACACGAGGUUGAAAGGAACGUGACGACACGCCUCGCUCGAGCACGUGCAUCGCGGAUAACGAGAUCGUUCCGCUAAUAAACCGUGGAACGCGAUCGUUCGAUCGUCCAAGAGAUCGUGAUCGUGAAUCGUAUCCAUCCCGACACCGGUGCCAUCCGCGAAACGAUCAUAAACGCCUAUCGAAUAUUCUCGGGUACACGAACCACGUAUCGUUUCGCUUCGUUUGAAGAAAGAUAAGACCGAUUGCUGCACGAGUACGGCCGGUUUAAGAGAAGAUAUCGAGGAGCAAAUGCUAUUAUUGUUCUCCAAGAUCUUUCUAUAUUUUAUACAUAUAGCUCUUAAGAGAAGAAAAAGCGAAACAAGGAACUUGCGAUUUCUUGAAACUGCAGCGCGUCCGGUGGACGAUGUGUACGUAAUUUUAUUUCGGAGCGAAAAGAACUUUACCAACACUCACGGCGAGAAAUAUCUAUAAAAAUAAAACAAACAACCGCAAAGAGCCUACACCAGACGCGUUCUUUUAAAUUCUAGUUUUGAUUACUAUAUAUCCAUUAAACCUAUUAGUUCGCGUUGCAAAGCGAUAACGCGAAAUCAAUAACGACACUAAAUGCGCAAAUAGAGGCAAACAUUUAACCGUCGAAGCUUCGUCGACGUGUAAUUGCUACGAUUAUUUUGUCGGGUUUCGGAGUCGAUCGGUCCCGCAUUUAAAUCGUCGCGAACAGUGAUCCGUUGAUCCCGGGGAAAUCAUAGUUCGGUGUAUCGUCGAGGUGCCGCGAUACGGAUGACGAAUGUCGAGUGUAAUUACGCUAGUGGUUCCACGAGGUUGUGCUGCAAUUGUAUUCGCGGCUCAAUUGGUAACGGUAAUUAGUGAUUCCACCGGCGUGUUUGCAGCGUUGUGCGCGAAUUGAUGCGAUUUGGAUGAUGUUAACGGCUGGAAGCGUGGACGUCAUGGCGUGCAUUAGGGCACCAAGGUCCGUCUGCGAAUCCAGCGACGACAUCAAGGCUGAUUCAACCCGCAAUGUCAUACAGAUCUACACGGAUUGGGCAAAUUAUUAUUUAGAACGUGGUGGAUCUAAAAGAAGAGUCGCGGAUCUUCAAACCGACCUGUGCGACGGGGUUCUUCUCGCUGACCUGGUCGAAGCAGUCACCAAUCAAAAGGUGAUCGACGUUAACCGAAAGCCAAGGAACGCUCAACAAAUGGUCGAGAACGUGAGCCUGUGCGUAGGAGCGCUCCGGGCUCUAGGGGCAGACGUGGCCUCUGUGAAUCCCAGCGAAUUGGCCGCGGGAUCAACCCUUUGGCCAGUCCUUGCCCUUCUCUUCGCCCUCUCGCGAUACAAGCAGAGAGCCAAACAGCUUCAAGACAUGCCUAGAUUGCCAUCUCCGUACAAUAAGCAGUCGGCCGGCGGUGGGGCAGGUGGCGGUCCUGGCGGUGGAACCAGUAUACCCUUACCUGCCACCGUAGCUGCCACCAGAAGGUGUCCCCCAGAUAAAGUUAGACCAGCUCCCACACCGACGCAUCAAUCACAGCUUGGCGGUUUAAAACACGGAAACGGUGGUAUCGGAAGUGCUAAUAGCUCAAGAAGCACGAGUCCAAGCCAACAGCAGACGCUCCAAGGCGGGCUGUCAUUUAUACCUCAGCCUAGAAAUCAGAAUUCAACCAAUAGACAACCUGCAGCUACCACGCCGAGCCCUCGAGCGUCGACGGUAGGGAAAUCCAGCGGCGCAAGGACCACGCAAUCAUCGCCAUACACCAGCACGGGGCCACCACCGGCUCAGCAAAAUAAGAACUCUGUCCUGGACAAAUUCAAGCUUUUCAAUAACAAAGAGAAAAACCAAGAUCGCGGUAAAGCUUCGUCGGGCGUGUCGAAGCGGACUUCCAGCUCGUCGGGGUUCUCCUCCGCGAAAUCGGAGCACUCCGACAGUUCGACGUCGCUGUGCGAUCAGACCAGGGUACAAGUGGAGUCGCCGAAGAGCCGCGCUCUGAAAUCGAAGUUGCAGUCCACGAAGCCGGCGAAACAGGCGAGCCCGAAGACCGCGAGGAAAGAGCAAAGCAAAGCGCAAAGCAAAAUCGCGCGGACGAAAGCUACGCCAGACAAGUUGGGUUGUUAUAAUCCGCCGUUGGAAGAUGUCAAGUCGGCCGGCAAAGUCGGCGGCGUGGGUGCGAAGCUGGCUACGGAUAAAAAGUCCUCGAAUCUGCAAGAUCUGUUGAAGCAACAGCCGGCGGUUCAGCUGCAAAAGUCGAAUCCGUCGGUGUUGACGUCGGGCUCCAAGCAGAUCGCGUCGCAGGAGACGAAGAACGUUGCCGGUCCGAAGAACGAGUCGAUGCAACCGUCGGCCAGGCCCAAGAUGGAGCUGCCAGGGAAGAUAUCGGACGCGAAGAUUCACCUGCAGAACAUGAAGAUUCCACCGAACGGAGUGAACAAAGAUCUGAUACCGCAGAAGGGGUUAACGAGCAAUACGAACGGAAUGAUCAAGCAGUCCGAUCAGGAGGAGGUCUCCGUGACCUACGAAAACAUAUCAAGCAUCGAUCACACGUUGUCUAUGAAUCAGGCGAAUUUGUUGGAGGAAAAGUCAACGAUGGCCAAGCAGAAAGCCAUCGUAGAAAAUGUUCACUCGAACAAUCAUUUGGGAACGUUGGACGCCAGCCCGUCCAAGCAGCAAAAUAAAAAUAUAAUAGCGAAAGCCAAGGGUCCCAACGAUGCGCAGGAAGUAGGUAACCCAAACGAAAAGCAAACGUCUACUUCUUCCGUCAACAAUCCGGAAGACAUGGCUGACAGAAAGAUGAACAUCGUUCAAGAAGGUUCCACCGGGCCGAGCGUUACGGCGAGUUACGGAAACACCGUUCCUUCUCAGGGCCAGGUUUCGAAUGGAUCGAACUUUGGUGCCAGCAAGCAGCUUCCAGGAAUGAACAGCCCGUUGCAAGGUUCUCCUUUGAAUGGUUCCGGGAUCAGUCCUGGAUCCAGCAUUCCGAAGCCCACGGCCUUGGUGAAAGGCACUUCGAAACCACCGAAGGAAAACAACAUACCGGGCGUACCGACGCCCACCAAAUUGAAGGCAGACGUUUUGCAUCGCAAGCUCGAUCCCAGCACGGUUGCAAUGGUGUCACCGAUGCCAAGUAUUUCGGAUCUGAUGUCCGAGAGCUCGCACAGCAACUCGAACAGCACCGGUCAAAGCAACUCCAGCGACAGUAGCGUUAUUUAUAGGCCGAGCAGUGAGAGUGGCAGCGAGAUUAAAACUAUACCCAAUAGAAAGAUUGACACGACCUUCGAACAAAUGGAGAAGGUCCUGUCUGAAAGUUCAAGUUGCGCUGGAGGUUCCAUGGCGGACGACGAGGCCGAGAUGACAGUGAAGCCCAUGCAGCCUCUGCUCCGCGGCUACACGCCAGGCGCAAGGGCCCUUCAGACCUUGCCGAGCAGGACAACCGCGAGACAGUACACGAUUCUUCAUUCUUCUUCCCAUCAUCAUGUCGGUCACGAUUACGCGGACAUCGACGUCGCCUCUGGCUACCUCAGCGACGGAGAGGUUCUUCGUGGCGGUAUGAGCGUCGGUAGCAGAACUCUGUCUGACUUGUGCGACGGUUACAUGUCCGAGGGCGGUGCUUCCUUGUACGCGCGCAGAAUCAAUCCUUCUUACGGCCACGAUCACGAGAGUAUAGAAUAUUUUUCUAACGAAUUAAAAUAUGCUUUUUCUCAUGGACAGAGGGUGCCGGGUGGUGGCGGCGUGAUUGUGGGGGGUGGCAGUAGUUCGGCCACCCCCCAAGGUGCACAACAAGCCAGCAACCUGGUGUACCGCGUCGUGAGCUCGAGACAUCCUGGUGGCGGCCAUCAUCCUCAUGUGAAGAAGUCGGACAGCUCCCAACAGACGGAUAACUCGGCGUUCAAGCACCAGCAGCACCAGCAACAACAGCAACAGCAACAGCAACAGCAGCAGCAGGGCUCGAACAGUUCCACUAACACCAGCUCAAACAGUCAGCAAUGGAAAAAGUACAUCGAGGCUGGAGCUGCGAGGGAUCGGGAGAGAGACAAGGAUGGUGCACCCCCGAGUCCUAGUCCCUCCAGGCGAUCCCAGGAUAAACAUCGGAAGCAGGCCAUGGCCGAAUAUGCGAACGGUGAAAAACCUCAGAAAGUUUCAUCAGGCACGUCGACCAGUGGUAGCAGCAAAGUAAGGGGAGUCCCGCAGAGUUUUGGAUACGUGAAGAGACACAGCGCUGGUACCAGUCCUAGCCCUAACGGAGUCCAAAAUGGUGGCAAAGAUGCUACGAGAACAGCUCAAGUUAGCGCAGUUCCAAGAACAAAAGUUAAAGUGUCCGGUGGUACGCAAACAUGCACCACGGAACUCCAGGCCAAUUCUGCCAAUUCGAGUCAAGGACAUCAUUACAAGAGUUACAGCCUCACGGGUCCGAGUGCCAGUCAACUUUCGCAAUCGGUACGAGACCGGCUAAUGUUGGGAUCCCAGAGCCUCCCAAAGCCUGGUAGCCCAGAAUUCACAGCACUAUUUGCAUCUGCUCAUCAUCGAGACAGAGGACCAGGCGCUGGACCAACCAGCAACUCCUUCUCCCCGCGAGUACUCAAACCAUCUGAUGGAAGUCUCAGUGACACGUGCAGCAACUAUGCAGCGCCUGAUCUUCAAGGAUAUUACACUCCCAACAGCCCCUACACUACAUCCUGGAUGAGACACAGCAAUACCUAUACACCCAGUGGACGUUCUCAAGGAAUGGGUUUAUGCGAAGCUGACAGUGUAGAGUCGCUUGGUUCGCAUCGAGCAAGCUUAACUCACGCACGUUUGUUGAUGCAUCAGAGGGAUUCCACGGGAUCACCAGCACCUCCACGACUCAACAGAAGCAACUCCAUUAGCCAUCUGCGGGACAGGACAUUCCCAAGGUCCACGAAAAGCGAAAAAAUGUACCCGUCGAUGUUGGCCAGAGGAAGUGGAGCUUCGUCCUCUGUUGGCGAGGAAGUCGGAAUAGGAAUGGGUGUUGGGGUUGAACCUUAUUACAGUGUUCCUGUAGGAUCCACCGGAUGCGCGGGACAGCAUUGGUCUCAACCAACGUCUCCAACACCUACGCACACCUCACGACAACCACCCAAUCUUUACCAACACGUGCACAAGGAUGACGACAUUCACGGUUCCUCGGUAUCCUUGGUAUCGACAGCGAGCAGUCUGUAUAGUUCAGCAGAAGAGAAGCAGGCGCACGAACUGAGGAAAUUGCGACGGGAGCUCCUAGACGCUCAAGAAAAAGUCCAUUCGCUGACUAGCCAGCUAUCGACAAACGCUCACGUGGUGUCAGCUUUCGAGCAAUCGCUGUCCAACAUGACACAACGGCUCCAACAACUUACUGCAACAGCUGAGAAGAAAGAUUCCGAGCUUCAGGAGUUGAGGGAGACGAUUGAGAGACUGCGCAAGCAAAGCGCCGAGGCCGGCCUGAACAGCUCAUCGGCGAACAAUGGUCGUCGUCACACGCUAGGAGACUCCGAUUCAGGAACAACAGGCUGCACAGGAAACAGUAACUACCAUCAAGGUGCAUCGAUGGCUAGGCAGUUGUCCGCGGACAGCGUCACAUCAUUGAACUCCCUGAGCAGCGCCUGUUCGGCCAGCAGCCAUCACAAGAAGAAGGGUUGGCUCCGCAGCUCCUUCUCGAAAGCUUUCUCGAGGUCGCGAAAGAACAGACACGGCUCUGUUUCCGACGCCGAGGAUUGCAAGGAGAACACCGGUGGCGAUCUUAGCGCGCCAAACAGCCCCAGGUUGCCUACCGCCUCGAAACACGAUUCUGCCAGAACCCAAGGUGCCAGGAGCAACGGACAGAAAUCACCAGAAGUCGAGAAUCCGUUGUCUGGAAGCAAGAGCAGCUCUGCUCUGUACAAAAAGGAGGACGAGGACGUGGUGGAGCUAAAGAAGCAACUCAGGGAAAAGGACCUUGUACUAACAGACAUCAGACUCGAGGCUCUGUCUUCGGCGCAUCAGCUGGAGUCUCUCAAAGACACUGUUAUCAAGAUGAGGAACGAAAUGCUCAACCUAAAGCAAAAUAACGAGCGUCUGCAGAGAUUGGUGACGUCGAAAUCAUUGACAUCUUCUCAGUCGUCGCUACCGAGCGACCCAGACAGACGCUUCAGCAUGACGGAAGUGGCUUCCACCGUUGCUGCGCUUUCAAACGGUGACGCUGGUUCAGCGGCGGACCAACUCGAGAAUUUAAACGUACCAGAGCACACGGUAGUGCCGUCAAACAACUCGAACACUGGGGAGCCAACGUUGGAGCAAGAUACGGAUGGAAAGAGAAUCAACGUGGCUAUCUAUCUUGGCAGUGAAAAAAACUUUAAUUACAAUCUCGUAACUGGAAGCACAUCCGAUGGCAGCCUCGGCGAACCUCCUCACUGCGUCAUCGCGAAUGUCUGCAUCAGCAACAAGACCACGUGGGACUCCCUUGAUUCUACCGUAAGACGUUGCUUCAAGGAGUAUGUCACGAGAGUGGAUCCUGUAACCAACUUGGGCCUCGGAGUCGAAUGUGUCGCUGCUUAUCACCUUGGUGAAGCUUCUAGAUGUACAACGGAUUCUCAGCAUCCAGAAUUGCUUCCUUGUGGAUAUCUGAUAGGACACGUGAAAACUAUUUAUUUGGUGCUCUCUGGUUACUCGUGGCUAGCUGUGGAUACCUUAAUACCACGAUCCAUCGUGCAACGAUUGAUAUCACUGCUCACCGAGCAUCGCAGGGUCAUUCUUUGCGGACCCAGUGGUACCGGAAAAAGCUAUUUAGCUGGAAAAUUGGCACACGCUCUAGUGGACACCGAUAACGAAGCGAAGGAUGCAGCAGCGGUAGCCACAUUCAAUGUAGAUCACAAAUCCAGCAAAGAACUCAGGCAGUAUCUCGCACACAUCGCCGAAAGAUGCGACUCGAACGCAGCCGACGAAUUACCAAGGGUAAUCAUUCUUGAGAACCUGCAACACGCUGCGUCCUUGGGAGAAUUGUUCAGUGGUCUCCUUGGUACUAGACACUCGUCUUGCCCAGCUAUUAUCGGCACGAUGAGUCAAGCUACUUGCAGCACAACGAAUCUUCAGUUGCAUCAUAAUUUCAGGUGGGUGCUGUGUGCUAACCACAUGGAGCCAGUUAAAGGGUUCUUAGGCCGUUAUCUCAGGCGGAAACUGUUAGAACACGAGCUACGCGAUUGUGGUGGGACCAGGAAUGCAGAAAUGGCAGCGGUUGUCGAGUGGUUACCCCGGAUUUGGUUACAUCUCAACAAGUUCCUAGAAACUCAUAGUAGCUCCGACGUGACCAUAGGGCCGCGGCUAUUUCUGUCCUGUCCGAUGGAGGUAACGGGUUCUCAAGUAUGGUUUACCGACUUGUGGAACUACUCGGUAAUACCGUAUCUAGUAGAAGCAGUCAGAGAAGGAUUAACACUUUACGGCAGACGUGUCAGUGGAAAUGGAAACGGUGAUUCUUCCUGGGAAGAUCCAGCUCAGUUUAUCAUUUCGAGUUAUCCAUGGAUUUCUACACACGCGGUGCACGGUGGCAGCGACGCUCUUCUUCGUUUGCGACCCGAGGACGUUGGCUAUGAUGUUGUUACAUCCGGACACAACUCUGGAGUUGGUGCUUCCAGUGUGAAAAGUCUUGGCAGUACCCACAGCGACACCGAAGGAGAUCCACUACUGAAUAUGUUAAUGAGACUACAGGAAGCAGCUAAUUAUUCGAGUCCUCACAGCAACGACAGUGACUCGGUGACCUCCCUUGACUCGUCGCACACUCGGCACUCCGAAGAUUUGAGUUCAUCGACAUCGUCGUCCAGGGGUGUGGAAUCAGCCCUUUAAUUCGACAAUUUUGAGAAUCGUGCGUCAGGCCAGUUUGUAAUAUCCAUUUGAAGAAGUAAUUGAUGAGUAUUUGAAAUGUACAACCGAAUUAGAUGCGUAUGAAAAUUUAAGAACGGAAACGUAAAUCAAAAAUGGACUUUUUUAAUAUCUUUAGGAUACAAGUACAGAUUUUCUCCUUUUAACUUUUUACGACGAAAGAUAUCAAAGAAGUAGUUCGACGAUGGAAGCAUCGAUGAAAACCAUUAGGUUCUCAGCAAUACGUGAUACGAUGCUCUUUUAUGAAACACGUCCUUUCAACUCGAUGGUUUAGCGCCAAAAGUGUUUUGAAGAGAUUUCAACUGUUUUCCUUAACCGUUUGAGUCCCAAACAGCGCUAACGCGCUGUUGAGAUUUUAUGUCGAGAAAACCCAGUACUCAUUCAGAGAAAGCGCGGUUGCGCUGUUUGGGAUUCUUCGAUAGUGUUUUUUCUGGGACUCAAACGGUUAAUGUCAAAUCGAUAUAUUUACAAAUUGAACAAAUCAAGGGAUCCUUGAGGCAUUUAAAAUAUUUUUAUUUUAUACAAUAGCAAUAAUACAUCUUUAUUAUUUCAAAAUUGUACUUGGAAAUUCACAUGUAGAAAUUUAAGUUUGAUUGAAGAAAUGAAUAAUUUCGGUGUUGCUUCGGUAGAAAGGCGAAUUACAGUACUAUGUUGUAUGUUAUAUUAACCUAAUAAUUGUAUGCCCGCUUUUCGAAUUACUGAGUAAAACAGGCUUAAAAAUUCUACUUUAGAAUUAAAUAAGUAACUUGGGCAUUAUAUCAAUCAUCUUAUACAACGUAUAUGUAAAAGCCUUCUGUACGAAUAUUGUGUUCCUUGGCAUGGACUUACAACGUUUGUGCAGAUAGAAUAAUGAAUUAUGCAAAUACGACAAAUUAAAAGAUACAUUAUAACAAAUUUAUAGAGAAAAAAUUCAUCAAUCUGUUUCGUUAAGCGAAAGCAUUUCAAAAUUAAACCAAUUCCAGUCUUAAUUUGAAAUGAACAGUUGCAUAGUUGUUUCUAACUCUUCUAACGCUAAACCACCGACUUACUCUUACAUAAGGCAAUGAUGUGCAUUACAAGUGAAAUUAGAGAUUAGAAAUGUCAAGAAAAAAUUUUCAAUGCCUACAACUGGCCUAUAUUUAUUCUAGAUUUUUACGUGCGUGAAGCACCUUCGGUGUGAUAUGUAAUUAAGUAAGUAAGAGGGACAAGUAAGCGAUAACGCUACGUUCUUAAUUAUAUACCGACGUAAAUGCGUACGCGACAACCACGCGAUGCAAUAAUCCACGCUGCCGUUACGGAAGUACGACUCUAUUUUAAACAAAUACAAUUUCUAUGAUCAAAUCAAGUACGAUCCAUGUAAGUGUAGCUUAACCCCUUGCCGUACCAUUUAAUCCGACAAAAUCCAGGCCACAUUAGCCGAUGCUCGGUAAAUUAAUCAAAGUAACGUGUAAAAAAAGUAUGUGACACGACCCGAAAUGGCGGAGGAACAUCGUCACAGAGCUGAAAAAAGUAACAUUUUCCGACAAUCUGUGAAGUAGUUGUACUUUGACUUGCUUCACGCGUUACUAUUAGGGUAAAUCAAAACUUUUUUCAAAUUUUUCUCCCUUCUUUGUAUGCUUUUUUUAACGAACGUUUAAAUGAAACAAAAGUCUAAGAUAUUUGAGUUCUCACAUCUCACACUUACUGAGUUCUUCUUCAGCAUUUUAUACCAAUAUCGGCGUGUCAGUUGAAUUCUGAAGAAGUUUACAACCAGAAGCCUCAGUUACUUUCAACCAUAAUUAAAAGUAUUUAAAUUUUAUGUUUACGUUUCUUAAUACACAAUAUGGAAGAGCAAUUUGAGAGGUACAAAAUAUAUGUAACAUGAAAUUUAAAUACUUUUUAUUUAGUUGUAACAUUCAGUUGUACCUAGAAAGAGGGAAGAAAAAUCGGAAAAUAUUUUUGGUUCACCCUAAUACUUUUGUAGAAGUCAAAUGCAUUUGAAUUAAAUAUCUUUAAAUAGUAAUUUGAUUUCUUUCUCUUCAUACAUAUUUGUAUAUAUAUUUAUAUACAUUUAUAUAUAUUGUAUGUAAUAUACUUCUUUGGUUAAAUGUUAUGUCAGGAUUUCUUAAGUAAAUUCUUUUUAAAAAACUAAAUUGCUAACAAUGCAGUAAUGCUUGUUUUAUAACAUAGACUAUACAAUUUCUGACUAACACUUGUGGUACAAUGCUAAGAUCUGAACCAUGAUUGUAACAGAAUGUUUUCAUUAAGCUCUCAACUGCCAAGGUUGUUCAGAGUUUAGCCAUUGUCCCUAGUAACUGUUAUGUCGAAACUUAAGGAUACAAACUCUCAUGUUCAGACUGUGGCAUUCGUGUUUGACCUGAAAGUAUGGCCACAAGUAUCACUCGUAAUAUUCAUAUUCGUGUAAUAUCCAGAAUUGUGACCACGAGUAAGACAUGUCAAAGUACGGCAAAGGGUUAAUAUGAAUCUGCUCGUGUGAAAUUUGGAUUGAAUAUACAGUAUUAUCAUAGGGCGUAAAAUAAACGGCUUCGAACUGAGCCACGGUUUAGGAUCGGGGAAACGCCAUUCCUCUCGUCCACUACUUUCAGGUAAUAGCUUAUCUUACACGAUAGACAGAUCUCAUGGAUGAACCGCUCAACAGAGUGUAUUGUCUCGCCUUCAGGAAUGCAGCGCAGUUCGAAGUGAGCACUGGAUAUGAUGAGUGUGCGUGCGAAAAUAGUCUAUUUAUACAUACUUUGCUACGAAAGCUCUAUUUAAUUAAAGAAUGUUAAUAUAAUAUAUAUAUAUACACAUAUAUAUAUAUACACACAACCUAACGAUGACGGCGCUAAAUGUAUGUUGCGGAUAAAGUUUAUAAUUUAGCUAGUAAGAUAUGUGAGUAAUUCUGGUCAUGUAACAUUGUAAAUACAAAAUACGAUUGGGACGUACAAUGACGCUAGGUGGAGAUGUAAUUCAAAGUCCCAUAAGUAGCCUGCGAGAUCAUUUCCAGUAAUGGCUUCUGUAAAGUGUAAAAAAAAAAAACAAUGAGAUGACAAGCAGACGAAUAAUUAAACAUUUUAUAUGUGCAAUUCAUCGAUUCGCGAAGUGUUGGUUUCAACUGCCAAAACAAAGACAGAAGAUAAUACAAGCUACGCAGACUAUACAUAUUGUACAUGUUUAACAAGGCUUUAGGGCCAAUUUCAGAUUCUGAUUGAUGACACGAUGUCCUGAAUACGAUGUGCAUGUAAUGUAACAAUUAUACAGUCGCAUUUACAGGUUUUCUACGUUUGUACCGUAUUUAUACGCUGUACGACACUGCACUCGAUCUUUACUCAAAUGACGAUAAUUAUUGUGUCAUUAAAUAAAUCACACUAAACUUCA